AUGGAAAUAAUCCUGGAAGCUAUUUCCUUCGCCACGAAUCUUAAAAUUAUAGCUUUACCAUUUCUUUUCCAGGGUCUGACAUGCUUCCUGUGCUACGCGAUAUUCGCCGCUGUACUGGGCAUGUUCCAGUUCGGCUUCAACACGGGCGUUAUCAACGCUCCAGAAUCAGUGAUACUGAAGUUCAUCGAUGAUUGCUACAAAGCUCGCUACGGCGACUACAUCGAACAUGACUUGCAGAACUUUUUGUUCGCUAUCGCCGUGUCUAUCUUCGCUAUCGGCGGUAUGGUUGGAGGCUUCGCUGGUGGAUUCGUCGGAAACAAAGUCGGCAGAUAUCCUGGACUGAACACCUCGUUGGUGCCCAUGUACAUCAGCGAGAUCGCCCCCCUGAACCUGCGGGGCGGGCUGGGCACGGUCAACCAGCUCGCUGUCACCGUGGGCCUCCUCCUGUCCCAAGUGCUGGGCAUCGAACAACUGCUGGGCAACUCCGACCACUGGAUCAUAUUGCUGGGCCUGGCGUUGGUGCCCGCGGUGCUGCAGCUGGUGCUGCUGCCGGUCUGUCCUGAGUCCCCGCGCUACCUGCUGCUGACGCGGCGAUAAAUUAAUAUCCCAGCUCUACGUCGGCUGCGGGCGUCUAGCAACGUCGAGGAAGACAUCGAAGAGAUGCGCGCCGAAGAGGCGGCCAACCAAACAGAGGCUCACUUCUCGGUGAUGCAGCUCAUCAGGUCCAAGGCGCUGCGCAUGCCUCUUACCAUCGGCGUCAUCAUGCAGCUCUCGCAACAACUAUCCGGCAUUAAUGCUGUUCUGUACUACUCUUACAUCAUCACCAUCAGUCUGCUCAUACAGGUGAUGAUGGACUGGAUGAAGUUCAUGUCGGUGAUCAGCACGCUGUGCUUCGUCAUCUUCUUCGCCAUCGGGCCGGGCAGCAUCCCGUGGAUGAUCACGGCCGAGCUCUUCACGCAGGGCACGCGUCCCGCCGCCAUGUCCAUCGCCGUCCUGGUCAAUUGGCUGUCCAAUUUCCUCGUCGGUAUUGGCUUCCCCAAGAUGCAGGAUACGUUCGACAACUACACGUUCCUGCCGUUCAGCUUCCUGCUCGCCGUGUUCUGGAUCUUCACGUACUACCUCGUGCCUGAGACCAAGAACAAAACUUUCGAGGAGAUUUCCGCUAUUUUCCAGAAGGGGGCGGCUGAUCGAGCCAGAAGACAAGAAGCCAAGAAAGAUAACGGUGGAGUUAACAACGAACUUGUUGUUGAUGAUUCAAGGCUGUGAAGUUUUUCAAAAUAAUUUGUUUACCUCAAAAUUGUGCGAGAUAUUCAUUCGUGGUUGAAGUUUUCUUCGUAUGAUAGAUUUUAAUUUGCCUGAAGAGAAAAUUAUCCUUGCAUGGAAUUUUUAACUAAUUUGUAAGAUGACUAAGGUUCUGCCAAGAGCACUGCAAUGCUGCUAUAUAGGGACGUUUAACAUGACAUUAAUAAUCAUGACGAUAAUGAGCACAUCAAUGUCCGUAAUAAACAAUUUCAUCUCGCAUCAACUUCGUGAAGUAUAGUUGUUGGAUUAAAAUAAUUUCAUACAUUUGUAUGAAAAAUGAAACGUGUGCUGAAGCGUAUUCCAAUUCUCGUUACUUUGUAUGAAGUUUCUUUGAGCUUUCCUUAUUCACGUUCAAUUUUAUGUAUGGAUCAGUAUUCUGAAAAGACCAAUUUUUUUUUAAAUUGUAGUUAUAGUAUAGUAAAUAUUUUCCUUCAACGAGACAUAUUUGCAUGUAAUUUGUUUUACCUUGCUUCAAAUCUUUUUACUCCUGCUGCCACUGCACAGUGCUUGCUAAUAAAAUUUAAUCGAGACAGAAAAGACAGCUAUAUUACUCAUCAAAAUAAUUUGCUAUUACGCUCGUUUCACUAUUUUUUUUACUUUUGCACUGUUCACAUUUUGUUAUUAUCCUGUAUGCGUGAUGCGCGUUUGAAUCUCCACAAUUCUUUGUAAUAUUGUGAAUUUUAUACUUCCUGCCGAUCUUCCCAUUAUGAGUACAAGAGAGUAUAAGCUAAAUAUAAGGUACGGAUUUUUACAUUAUAAAUAAAAUAUGAUUAAGAAGCUCUCGCAUUUACUUUGUUUCCUAAGAAUUUCCAUUAUUUUCAAGAAGAUAAUCUCUGUUAUUAUCUUUACGUUAAUUCCAUACGAGUACUAUACUCGUACUCGUAUUUUUCCGUGUUUUUUUUUAUUUGGAAUAUACACAUCACAUCAAAUACUGACUUUUCUAUUAUCUGUAAAAUCCGUGUGCUCAAAUAUUAUAAGCUUUUUACGUACUUUGAUACUCGAUAUGCAUGAAUAUAUUAGGAGGGUAACGUCUGUUUUUCUUUUCAUUACCCGCGUUAAACAUUUUUUCAUUUUCCGCGUUCAUUAUAAUGCCCGUAUAAACUCUAUUGCGUAUCAUGAAUUGCAUGCAUUUAAUGUUAACUGAUAUUUCGCACCAGCUCAACGUGACGAAACAGUCCCGCAAAAUUCUUAGUUUACGAAUCUCUGAUAUGGCAAGGGAACUGCAAUGAAUGAAUAUUUUUAUCCCGAUAAAAUUUUGUAGCAAAGCGCGAUUUCCAAGCGAAUUUUAGGAAAUUGAAUGGUUAUAGUUGUUCGGAUGGAUUUUAACUAGACGUUAUGCCGCUCCUAAAGAUGGAAUACGGUAGAUCCUUACCAGGCCUGCUAAUAAUCGUUGCUAAUGAGGUAUUUACUGGAUACAUCUUUUAGUUCAUUAAGUUAACAUCAAUCCAGGAUCUUUUUUCAAUUAUGUUUUGACGAAUUGCAUACAAAAUUUCUGUACAAUUUUUAUUCAAUUCGAUGAAAUUUGUCGAAUAAGCUUCAUGGAAGCUAACCUUAAGAGCUCGGCGUCUCCGUUCCAUUGAGAAAUUCGUCCUUAGAUUUUUAUUCUUCUCAUAGCCGCUCAAAUAGCAGUGAAGCUAUUUCACUAUACGCCUUCAUCCACUUCACUAUCAUGCGUAUUGUGAUAACUAAUAGAGUUAUACAUUAUCUACUUAAAUAGCAUAAAUGAUACAAUAAAUAAUGAUAAUAAUUUGAAUAAUGUAAGACGCGCUACGACUAGAGCCCCUCUAUGUGCAUGGCUGAAGUAAGUAUAAGUAAAUAUAAGGUAUAAAUAAAGAAUAAGGCUUAUUGGCUACUUAUAUGUUUCGUAAUUGAUUCAUUCAAACUUUCGUAAUAACACACAAGUUUAAAUUUAUCAGAAUACCUAUCUUGAUAAGAACGCGAUUACUUCUCACUUUGUAUUUCAAUUUCUUUGUAAUAUAAGUUAAUCUUUCACUUUUCUGACAUGUACCAUUUUAUUAUAACAUUUUACACUUA